AAUGUUAUUUUUUAUGCAAAUCCUAUGUUUUUACAAAAAAAUCCUCUUAAUAGUAAUAUUUGCAGCCGCACGUCCAUAUUUGACAAUAUUUCCGCCAACGUCAACUACGUACGCUAGAACGAUAACUUAGCUUUCGCAAUGGGUAGCACGGACUAUGUGGCAAUAAAAGACCUUAAACCAGGCAUGAAGAACAUCAACGCAGUCUUCAUAGUGCUGGAAGUCGGUGGGCCGACUUUAACCAAAGAAGCCAGAGAGGUCAGGACGCUAAGGGUAGCGGACGCAGGCGCCGCAGUUAACCUCUCCGUGUGGGACGAACCGGGCGCCCUACUUAUGCCUGGAGACAUCGUGCGGCUCACGAGAGGCUACGCGGCCUUGUGGAGAGGCGCUUUGACUCUGUACGCUGGUAAAUCAGGAGAUAUACAGAAAGUAGGCGAGUUCUGUAUGUUGUUUAAUGAACAAGUGAACAUGAGUGAGCCACAACCUACCCCGCCCCCGCCCCCCAUGUCAACCACCCCUCCGGCAGCCGCUCCGGCCCAGCGCGCCACCCCGCCAGCCGUCAACAACAACAGCAACAACAGCAAACCGUUUCAAUCGGACAACAAAAUGGGAGGACACAAAACAUAUGUCAGAGGACGGGGACAUCAGAGAAACAACAACCGGAGGUAGCGGUUCAGUGAUAUUCAGGACUUUCGUAAAAAUAUUUUGCGAUAUGCUGUUUGUAUUUUAUUUAUAUUGGUGUGUAUAUGUUAGUUGAUACCUAGAACAAAAAUUAUUGGUUUUAAUAUUAAGUUA